ACAUCAAAGAGUAGAGUUCUCUAUAAUCUUUGAUUAACAUUUAUUUGUUGUUGUAAAUUGUAAUAUUUCCAGAGAGAGAAGUGUCUCUGUAUUGGACCUAUUAUUUGUGUUUGAUGAAAGAACUCGCACUCAAUAUUUUUAAACGAUGGAUUCCGACGAAACAAGUGAAUUUGCAGAUGAUCAGACGCUUGUUCAAUGGUUAAAUGAUAUUGGGUUGAUCGAAAGUAAUACCGAUAAGUUGGAAUAUUUUUUUAAGAUACAAGAGAUGCUCCUGAGGAAAUCGCCAAAUUUAUUACCCAAAUAUCUUUCUCAUGUAUUGAAUUUCACCACCAAUAAAAGUGGUGAUCUGAAAAAAGCACUAGUUGGAUUUAUUGAAGAAUUGUGUAAGAUGAAGGAAACAUACUUACCAAUUGUAAUUGUGAAUCUGUACAUGCUUCUGUGUGAUGAAUGUAUUGCUGUUCAAAAGAGAGUUAUUCAGGCAACUAUAACGAUAUAUAGAAGAAUGUUAGCUUGGCUGUGUAAAGCUACCCAUAUAACAGAGGAUAUGAAUGAAGCUUGGAUUCAGUUAAAUCAAAUCAAAAGAGAAAUUGCUAAUAUGAUAGAUAGUGAUAAUGAUGGUAUAAGAACAAGUGCAGUCAAGUUCCUGGAAUGUGUUAUAUUGUUACAAACUUAUCCAGAUGAAGUGGAAAAUAGGAAACAAAAUGAUUUCUCUUUGGAUGAUGUACCACUUACUCUCAAAAUUGCAAGGAGACGUAAACUUGAAGAAGAAGCUAGCAAUUUAUUUGAAGUUUUAUUGAAAUUUCAUAAUUCAACACACAUUAGUAGUGCCAACUUAUUGACCUGCUUGGGAGUAUUGACUAAUUUAGCAAAAACAAGAGCUGAGUUUAUGUCUAAAGUUGUGACUGCCAUCAUAAGUUUGUAUAAAAAUUUACCACCUACUCUCAGCACUACACAAGUGAACUCAGUACGCAAAAAGUUGAAGACAGAAUUAAGUGGCUUGAUGAAACAUCCUGGAACAUUUGAUUUCAUAGAUCAAUUGACACCUAUAUUGCUGGAUUUGGGUUGUUCACAAAGUGAUAUAAAUAGAAUGCUCCCAAAAACAGAAGAACGCAAAAGAUAUGCGAAAAGAACUCUCUCUUUCGAGUCAUUGCAGUUGCAUCAACCAAAAAGACAGAAAAUUGAUGAUCAUGUUGAUAUCGAUUUCGACGAUUUUAAAGAAAAAGGAAUGAGUCCUCAAGAAGUUAAUGAGAAAUUUGUUUCUGAAAAAUUAACUCUUCAAAAAGUGAUAGAAAUUGUGGAAGUUACUUUAAAUAAAUUGCCGGAUACUAUGCCUUCUACCUUUGGAAAGGAUUAUGAGAAGCUGGUUAAAGCUGGUUCUGUGGGCAAUGAAGAAAUCACCAUUAUGAUUCUGGCAAACUUAUUAACAGAAUAUGGCGUUGGACCUGGGGGCCGUUCUUUAGAAUCAAGCGACACUAAAAAAAGGGAGAGAGAAAAUGACGAUGAAAAAGGCGAUGAAGAUAAGGCGAAAAAAGAGAAGAUUAAAAUAUCUCGAAUGAAAAUACUGAAAUUGGGAGAAAUAAUAAAACCUUUGGAGAGAGAAAACAAAGAGAAUAUGCUGGUUGCAUCAGUUAAACGAUUGUUAUCGUGCGGAAAUAUUAUCAAUCAUGCACUACAUCAAAAAAUUAUCUCUACCUUGGCUGCUUGCUUCUGUCCGCUCGUUAAAGAAACCAUUAUAACAUUCCUCAUCAAUGACUUACGAGCUCAUAUUGAUAUCGCACUUGCCUGGUUAUUUGAGGAAUACAGUAUAAUGCAGGGAUUUUCAAGAAAACCACCUCUAAGAAAGGAUGCAAAAAUUGAUCAAUCCUACAAUAUUUUACUAUGCACACUUGUGAGCACUGCUUCAAAUGACUCCUUCAUCCUCAGCAAAAUUCUUUUGGAGGCUCCUUUAGUAACAGAAGAAGCUUUGGAUCAGGUCAAAGUUUUAUGUAGGGAUGAGAAUAGAUGUGAAUGGGUUUUAGCACUUCUGAAAGAACUUACACUUAGUAAACCACCAAAACAAUUAACCUUUCUCAAUGUUCUUCUGCUGUUUAGUACCUAUGAACAGAAUAUUGUUAGAGACUGUGCUCUCAAACAUAUUUUGGAAUUACACAAGCGAGAAGAUUUGAAAGUUAUUAUAGAGGAAUUUGCAAGGAUGAAUUUGGAAUUUUUGAAACUGAAAAGACCGCCAGAAGGUCUAUGUGGGUUUAAUCAAGGAAGAUUGAAAAGCGAGUCGUGGGGUGACGAUUUCAUCAAGGCAUGUUUGAUGCCUUUCAUUUCAUUACUUCCAGCCGAUCAAGCUUUAAUCCACGACCUGGCAGAUAUAUAUAUUCAAACUAGUGCAGACAUCAAGAGGAUAAUACUCCGAUUGUUAGAUGCACCCAUCAGAGAGAUGGGGAUGCAAUCUCAAGAGUUGUUGAAACUAAUGAAAGAGUGUUCCAAAGGAUCAGAAACUUUGGUUACUAGGAUAAUUCAUAUUCUUACAGAAAAAGAACCUCCUAGUUUGGAGUUGGUGCAAAUAGUUAGAGAUCUAUAUAAUUCCAAAGUUUCUGAUGUUCGGUUUUUGAUUCCAGUUCUCAAUGGUUUGUCGAAGAAAGAGAUUUUAACAGCAUUACCAAAGAUGAUCAAGUUGAAUCCAAUUGUAGUUAAGGAGGUGUUCAAUAGACUUCUGGGUUCACAUGGAGAUAGUCCUGUAUCCCCAACUGAACUUUUGGUUUCACUUCAUACAAUUGACUCUUUGAAGGCGGAUCUCAAGACUGUCAUUAAAGCUACUUCAUUGUGUCUUCAGGAUAAACAGAUUUUCAGCCAAGAGGUGAUGGCUGUAGUAUUACAACAACUCAUGGAACAAAGCCCUUUACCAACUCUAUUGAUGAGGACCGUGAUUCAAGCUCUUGGCAGUUACCCUAGACUUUCGGGUUUUGUUAUGAAUAUCCUGCAGAGACUCAUCAUCAAACAGGUGUGGAAGCAGAAAGUGGUUUGGGAAGGUUUCGUAAAAUGCUGCCAGAGAACAAAGCCACAAAGUUUUGCUGUUUUGAUGCAACUGCCCCCUCCCCAACUCACAGAAGCUCUUAAUAUGUGCCCGGAGUUGAGAGAUCCUCUGAAAGAACAUUUGCUCUCUUUGACAGAGGGACAAUUGGCCCAUAUUCCAAGCGCAGUGAAGGAAAUACUACUCAAUUCUUAUAGGCCAGUUGGUUUGUCCACCCCCGAACAGGCUAUAAUCAACUCUGCAGAUUCUGUUCAGAAUAGAGUGGUACCACCCCCAGUAGCAGCUCCUACAGUCACUGAACCUUUACCACCUGGGAUGGAAUAAAUGUUAAUCGAAAAAAAAAUGUAUUGUAAAGCAAUUACUUAGAGUAUAUUGAAAUAAAGGAAAUUUAGUGAA